AUGAGCGAUAAGACAAAACUGCAUGUGGGAGACAGGCUAAGUUUGAAGGAAAUUUCCUUUCCAAUUUCCGGACUUUUUAUCCAAACAAAGAAUAACAAAUGUUUUGUAAUCUUAAAUUUUUUUCUGCGGAAGACGAUACGAAGAGAAAGCCAUCUUAUAUGCAAGAGACGCGAUUCGAGGACCGGAAGCGCUAACAAGCUGGUGAGUGUAUACAAAUGAAGAGGGCAAACCCAAUACAUUCCACCCCCCCUCGGCUCUGAAACUUGAAAGAGCGGUGGAUUAAUAAUAUUGCGGGAAAACUGUAACAUCUUGAAAACCGCUAUGCUAAAUAUGUCACGAAACUGUUCAAAUGAGCAGAAUAUUUCCGCUCCAAAACGCGAUUAAAAGUAGUCGUCCUGGAGUAUGGGGUAAUUUUGAUAUCAGCUGAGCCGGCUAUUGCUUUCCUUUCAGACCGUCCUUAAUCGUAUGCUAAACUUUAUAUAUGAUAACUGAUCUGAAAGACAUUGUUUUCGAUUAAAAGGUGCCUCAAGAUGGUUAGGUUAAAUACUAAUUUGUGAAGAGCUGUUCAAAGGCUUUAACGUAAUCAAUAUCGAAUAUUGUUGCAAGGUUUUUAUAACAUGAACUGUGGUGAUUUGUGUAGUGACCCAUUAAUACGCACUAGAGGGGUGAACGGUUGCCCUGCUUAUCAACUCCGGCAUCUGCAAGCUCGAAAAGCCACGCGAAAUGAAUACUAAAAGAUAAGAAAUCCGUCUGCAGACUUGCUUAGCCGCAGUCACAUCACAAUAACAUUUUCAAUGGUGUUUAUAGUCUUGAGAGUACAAAAGAAUAAUUCAUACCAGCUAAGUGACUGCUAAAUGAUUGCUAAUGAAGUAUGUCUGGCAUUCAAUCCAGCGCGGGACACCUCGGGACUGAAUACAGAAUUUAUGAAAGCCUUUUCCACCGUUUCCAGAGGUGGAAUAAUUUUUGUACUCUGACUCAAGAUUUUGUUGGCCUCAUGCGAUGGUCGAGAAAAAGCUGGCUAGGUAAGAAAGGCAUUCAAUCAAUAUAAGUUUUAAACGCAGGCUAAAAGGCCUUUUUCCAAAGUUCUAUCUAAAAUAUCCGGCUUAAAUUCUUGGCUAAAUAUUCCACUUUUAAAGAAGAUAAGCAUUUUUGAUAAAACAAACAGUGCCACAGGAAAGCACCACUUUAUAAAAGUAACUUUUAUGCUAUUAAGUUGUUACAAUAAAGUAGGCCAUCGUAAAUCCGUAGAGAGUUGAACAACCCUGAGUUUGCAACAGCUCAAUCAAACAAACCGAAUCGGAAACCGCCUUAAAAAGGUGGAGGUCAACGGGCUGGCGUAAUUACUACUGUGGGAGUUGUUGCAACAUUUCAUUUUACGUUGAUAUUUGUUUCUAUCAAAGCCUUUCUGUCAAACAGGUCUCCUCACCACUUUAAGCCAGCCAAAGAUGGUCAUAUCAGUUGGAGAGAUUUUCACUGAAGCCCGGAGCAUGUUGAGA